AUGUUCGGACUCGGUGUUGAAGGAAUUCUGAAGCAGUUUCAAAUUUACUUGAAGACUUACAUACCACCAAAUUUAUCGCAUACAGCAUUUGAUAGAAACAUGCUUAAGAAUCGUUACAAAGAUGUUGUAUGCAUAGAUGAGACACGUGUAGUGCUUCAAGAAGGAGACUGUGAUUACAUUCAUGCAAAUCACGUUAGAGGAGAGCCCUUCGUCAACCCUUUCAUUUGUACUCAAGGACCACUUCCGAUGACUGUGAAUGACUUCUGGACUAUGAUAAUGCAGGAGAAAGUAAGUAAUAUUGUGAUGCUCUGCAAUGUUAUGGAGGCUGGCAAAAACAAAUGUUUUCAAUAUUGGCCACAAGAAGUUGGCACUUCACUUACAUUCAGAGGUUACCUUUGCACACAAAUUUUAUUUAAUUUUGUCAGUAGUGAAGAGUAG